AUGACCGCCUUUCUCGUUUCUACGGCCCGACUGCGGAUGCCAGCAGCAUCCCUUUUCACAAGGCCCGUCAAUGACAUCAGAUCAGGAUUCCGCGCGAGUUCAGCAACCAGUCGAUUCUACUUUCAAAAGACCAAUAAUAGUACGACUUCCUGUCAUUCAGGAAAUCGUCUCUCUGGCCGUACAUGUAUGGUCACAGGAGGCACGUCGGGAAUCGGCUUUGCCAUUGCCGAAAGGUUCUUGCAAGAAGGAGCUACAUCCGUCAUUCUAGUCGGCAGGUCGCAAGAGCGUCUCCAAGCUGCAGCUGGGCGCCUUGAUGUCUCAAACGAUCAUGGAAACAGCAUCACAGGCACAUCGAACAAAGUGCGCCUGCUUGUCGGCGAUGUAGGCGAUAUCGGAUCCUGGAAGCAUGAGUUGGAGAAAGAAAUGGCCAAUGUGGAUAUCCUUGUGAAUGCAGCUGGCAUCUCCAUCAAUAACAUUCUUCCCAGAUCCGAACUGGAUGAUAUCUCCCAGGUCCUGCGCACGAAUCUCGAAGGUGCAAUGCUUACCUCUCGGGCACUGGUGCGCGCCACAAUCCGCAAUAGAGUGCGCAACCGCAAUUUCGCCCCAGACACUAAAACUCCAUCCAAGUGUAUCAUCAAUAUCUCUUCCUUACUUGCACUCAAGGCUGGAACCGGUGCUGUUCCGUACGCUGCAUCCAAGGCUGGUCUCUUGGGUCUGACACGGUCAUUGGCUGUCGAGGUGUCUGCAUCACUGAAGGAUGUGGUGAUUCGAUCGAAUGCCAUCGUGCCGGGGUACAUCGACACACCGAUGAUUACGGACUUUACUCCUGGCGAAGUCGACAGACUCAAAGCCAUGAUCCCUCUCCAUCGAUUCGGAAAGCCCAGUGAGAUAGCGGACGCAGCUUUCUUCCUGGCAACGAAUGAAUAUGCCAAUAACUGCAUUCUCAAUCUAGACGGUGGACUAGGCGCUGUCUAG